AUGGCUGCUCCGACUACCCACGCUGAAGGUUUACCUUCGGACAUGAUGCACUACACCACCCGGGAUAACAACAUCGUUGAAGUUCCUGCACGUGCGGUGCGUGAGCCACUACCAGACGCCACAGAAACCGGUGCUCUGGUUGACCGACACAUGGAAGGAAAGUUCUAUCUUGACAUCGAGGGGGCAUCCAGUGUUGAGGAGGCGUGCGCCAUAUUGAAGGAAGAUAUAGAAGCGACGCGCCGCCUGGUAUGCGGCGUCAUGCAGAACCAGCGGGACCUGUUGGAGCGCGUGAACGAGAUUCAACAGAAACUUGGAUCGCAAAUGAAGGAGCUCUUCGAGACGAAUGACGGGUUGGUAAAUCUCAUCGUGAAUGCCUAUCAGGACUCGUCAGUACUGGAAACAAAACUGAAGAAGUUGCUUCCCAUGGUGGUCAAUCUGAGGACGAUGGUGGAAGAGCUGGGGAACCCAGCCAUGGCUGGCACCGUCUUGCUGCCUACGAUCCCCGUCCCUCGCCCUCCUACUCUUGCUUCCUGCACAGGGCCUUUCCAAGCACUACCGAAUCCCUCAGGGAAAGAAAUAAACCUCAUCGCUCUCUUCCGUACGAUUGGCACGUCUCGAAGCAUGGACGUGAAGCCCAAUCUGCAGCAUGAGGCUGUGCAGGCUAAGGCUGCUGCAGGAAGAUUAUCUCCACCCCCAUCCACGAGCCCAGAAUUUCCACUGCCGGCCAUCCCUACCAAGCCUAGGCCAGAAACAGGGGUGGAUGUUGACAAACCAGUCCGUAUGCCAUUCACACCACAGGUCCAGGAUGUCGCCAAUGCAUUUUGUGCCAUGCGCUCAGCGGUCCCUGUGAUGUUGCGCAACAGGGAAAACUUGGAAUCUCACUUGAAUGCAUUUGUUACGAAUGUCAAGAAUAUGCAGGACCGCAUCUGGUUCGACCAAGACGGACUUGUUGGGCACGCCGCGAGUAUUGGCUAUUCUCUGCGGAAAACGAAUGUAAAAAUGCAGCACCUAGAAGAGCACAUGUCUCACCUGGUCCCUCCAGAAGGGCUACCCGAGCCAUACGCUAGCGAGCCGCAGUCUGAGAUGUGUUCAGUUACGAUCGGGCUGGAAUACGACAAGCCCGUGGCAGAGAUGUCUGAAGAGGAGGCAAAGGCUGUCCUAGAGAAGCUCCCGCUUACCGUCAUUUUCGAUCACCGCAACGUAGCGAACAGCUCCUCCGGGGAGGAAAGAUCUCUAGCCAGUGGUGCACCAGCAGGUCCAUCUAUAGACGAUCGUGGUCCAGCGGCUGCAUCGUCAUCGCGCACGAGCGAGCAAGCCGCUGUUGACAGCCGACCAGACGCUUAUUCCGACCACCCAAGAGAACAAAGUUCGGGCGCUGCGAUGGCUGAGGCAAGGCCGAGUCGUUCGAUCAAAGCCAAGGGAAAGGAGCGUGCGGACGAGCCAGAGGAAAUGCGAGAAACGGCUGUGAAAAGUCAAGACGUUGAGAUCGCUGGGGGCGUUCAGAACGCUGCGAUAACUGGAAACAGUCAGAAUAUGGAGACAGCGGGAGACGUUGUGACCAAGGAUAAGAAGGGGAAAAAGCGUGAUAGAGAGCAGGUGGACGAGGGUGGCGCUAAGGGUGAAGGUCGGAGCACCAGGAAGAGAAGAAGAAAACAUGGGUUCUGA